UGAUAAAACACGGCCUUUCAGUCACCACCCAGACAACACCAGCCCCUCCUCGUCGCCCCGUCAGUCCUAAUAGAAGUGCAUAAGGAAGAUUCAAGCGUGUUUAUUACGGGUUCAAAUAGAAGAGUGAGUAGUGCUGAAGGAAAGCAAGCCACUGGAAAGUUGUCUGAUUUGUAAAAAAGGGAAACAAAAGGAAAAAGAAGAGAAAAGUGACACACGGCAACAUGGGUCGCCGCGAAGGACAUAGGGAUGAGAUGGAGGAGGAAGGUGACUGGUGGGACGUGAUGGCCAAGAUGGGAAUGCCUUUGCUGUACAUCAUUGGCAUCCUGUGUGGCAUUGUGGGUGCCAUCUGCCAGGGCGUCAUCACCGAGUACUGGGCCAACUCCGAGAUGAACUCCUGCUUCCUCUACUCUAAGACCGCCUCAUCCGUUGUUGUGUACCAGUUUGGGACUUCAGUAUCCGUGUGUAACUGGGUGACGUACGGAACAGUGGUGUCCAUCAUCAUAGCCUUCCUCGCUGGCCUCGUCUACACAGUCAAGGUUAGAAGCACAAAGGACCUGACCUACACAUCGGCCUUCUCCUUGACUGGCAUCGUGAUAGCCAUGCUCCUGAUGUUGGCGGUGACUUGCACGAUGGCUGAGGGCUUGAGGCUAACCUGCAGUGCCAUGGGUCUUAAUUCUGCCAACAACAAGGGCGGUUCCUGCUACACCAACUUAGAUAAGAGGAUGAUUGGACAGUACCUACCAGUACAGACUUCCACCAUGGUGCGCGCUGCUCUCGUCACCCUCAGCUGCUCCUGCGUUGCCUUCUUCGUCAUCUGCUGCUUCCAUCUGUCUGACUUCUACCGCCGCACACUCAGGCAUCGCUAUUCGGGGGUUGCUUAUGAUGAAAGGGCGUAAACUGUUAACGGAGGGUCAUAAUUGAGUCCCCCCUGUUAACUUGAUACGUUUUCUUUAGUGUUAUGUUUGUUUUUCUCGGUAAAAUUUAGGUUUUCUAGAUUUUUUUUUUUUUUUAUCUUUCUGGUCUCAGUUGUAGUGUUUUGUUUAUGUUUUAUGCUUUAUAUUUUUUUUUUAUUCAUGUUUCUCGUCUAGUACAGUUUAAUUUUUCUCUUACUUUUUCUCUUACAUUUUAUUUUGUUUGUCUUUUAUCUAAGUUAAUUAAUUCCAUCAUUUAUUUGUUCUCUACACUCUUAUUUCUCUCUAACGUCUGGUACAACAAUGCCUUCUUAUCAGUAUUAAGUUGAGCUCAUGUAGCUUAUGUACUUUAUCUCCUGUUUAGUACAUCUACAGCAUAGUAAUUUAGUAUAGAGACUGUCUGGGAUGUGUGAGUGUCCUUGGUAACUUAAAAUGUCCAGUGGAGGUUAAGGUGAUCAAACUUCUGACAGAGAGCCCUUGGGAGUGACUAGUGCUUGUAGACUGUGUUCAGAGAGAGAGAGAGAGAGAGAGAGAGAGAGAGAGAGAGAGGAUGAUUUGACUUUCAAGGUGAAAAGAAAAGAAAAACUUGUCCUCUCUUAGAUUGAAAAAAAGGUGUACUGGUGAAUGUAAGUUUAAUUCCUUCAGUACUACGACGUGGUUUCAUAUUCAUUCAGGUUCAGGUGAUUUUAUACAGUUUCAGAAACUUAUGUGAGGGAUUAGAAUAGUGAAGACUGGCCAUUAAUCUUCUGACCUCUAUAGACCCUUCCUGAUGUUAAUAAAAUGGUCAAUUCACACCCAAAAGUCAAGGUAAAAAUGUGUCCCAGUACUGAAGAGGUUAAAAAGUAUUCACACUGGCAUCCCAAGAAAGUGCUGAGAUAAGGGUGGCUAUCGUAAACAUUGCCUUUGAUCCUGUAAUCUUUGUAUGGCCUCGUUCAGGAAAAUGAUUUGAUACCAGAUAAGAUGCAGUUUAUUCUCUCUCUCUCUCUCUCUCUCUCUCUCUCUCUCUCUCCAUGUGUUUUAAAUUGACGAAUCCUAAACUCUCUGAUGGUGAUGUACAUUUCAAGUGAUUGUUUUGUGUUUUUUGUGGUUAUAUUCACGUUUUCUUUAGGUUACGUCAUCACUAAUAGUCUUUAAGGAUUGGUAGAGCGAUGAUUUUAGGGACUGAUUUUCGUUUUAAUUCAACGUUGUAUUGUGGUUUUCGUGUCUCAUUUCGUUCACUGAGUAUAGGAACUGUUACAAAAGAAACUUUCUCUCGUAUGUUUAGGAGUGAAAAAUGUACGAAUAAUUUUUGAAAGCCACUUAAUGCAUGGAAUAUAUAGAGUUAAGGACAUUAUAUUACAUAGUUCAAUUAUUAUUAGUAACACCAUGCAUGAGACAUUGAAGAAACGCAUGAGAGGCUGCAAGGGUUCAAAUGAAGCUUUAAACCAUGCAGAAAGUGACUCGAGGCUUCAUGAGUCAGUAAAGAGAGACAGUGUGGCAGCAUGAAAUGGCCCUACAGUCCUGGUGACGUGUUCCCUGCCAGACGUGUGCAAGGGAAAUAUUUGUUACUGAUUUUGUAACAUGUUGAUAUCCACGAUUGACUAUCAUUACCGUUAACAUAAAUUUUAGAGCACCAGAAUAAUGUAUAGCUAUAGAGCCGAACAUUAUACAAGGCAAGGUGCUGAGUGAUCCAAAAAUAUCAUAGUUUAUCAUAGUAUGCAAAAUCACCUGCUCAUAUAGUAUACCUCGCUACACUUUAACCCCUUCAGUACUAGGACACAAUUUUACCAUGAAUUUUCUGUGUAAUUAGACUUAUUCACAUUAGGAACGGCUUAUGGAGGUCAGGAGAUUAAUGUUCUAAAAUCUUCACCACCUCAAUCCCCACAUGAGUUCCUGAAGCUGUGUAAAAUCGCCAAAUAGUAAGCAAGACCUGGCAUGGUACUGAAGGGGUUAUAAUCCUCAUACUAUCCUGCUCCACGUCCUUUACUUGACAGUGCGUGCGAUAUGUUGGGCACCAGGACUGUGCUCACGUUCAUCCUGCCUCGAGCGGAUCACAGAGAGAGAGAGAGAGAGAGAGAUAAGGCGCCGCAACAGGCAAGGUCAUAUGGCACCGUGGGAGAGAGAGAGAGAGAGAGAGAGAGAGAGAUUAAAAUAAGGCGCCGCAACAGGCAAGGUCAUAUGGCACCGUGAGAGAGAGAGAGAGAGAGAGUGUGUGUGUGUGUGUGUGUGUGUGUUACGAGUUCUUUUUUUAUGUGAUUAGUGUUUUGAGUCCACCGGAAAAUAAGAUGUGAAUAGACCUAAAUAUUCGGCCUAUCAAGUCUCCUCCAGGUAUGUGACGUUUGUUGAUUCUGUGUGUUUUAUGACAUGAAGUGUUUGGGUUAUAUAAAUGUAACUUCUUAAGCCACAAUGGUUGCCGAGCGUCCAUGUAUGGAACACUUUUAAGUACAGUUAAUAAUAUUUUGUAUUCACUGUUUACUAUAAAAUGUACAAAGGUGA